UUUCGCAAAAGAUUCUUGGACGACUUCUUUUUGCGGAUAGCUUUCUCUUUUCAAUGAGAUAGACCACCUGGAUCGUCUGUCAAUUUGCUUCUCUGUCAGCAUUGCACAAAGAGAACCAACCAUGGCUCCCCGACUUCCCAAGCUGACCAAGGUGGCCAAGAAACCAGUCGGUGAAGAAGAGACGGUGGCACUGGUGGGAACUUCUCCCACUGCCAUCAGCAACAACAGCGGCUACACUUCCUCUCGAUGGCUCCGAUUGUUGGCCAUCAUUCUCGUGGGAUGUUUGGCACUUUUCCUAUGGGAUAGCCUCGAGUUUGAUAGUGACAAGACCAAGGGAGAUACCGAAGCAAAACUGCAAACAGGCAAUGCUACUACUAAAACUGGCUCCGAGUUGCCGUUUGCUACCGAUACGCCUGAUCGAGGUGGAGAACCAAAGACAGCAGAAGAAACACAGAAACAAACACCAGCACCAACACCCAAGUCUCCAGCACCAACACCCAAGCCAACUCCCGAACCCACGAAUCCUCCAGAAACGCCCAAGCCCACAAAUACUCCAGAAACUCCACAGCCGACGCCCAAACCGACUAGUCCUCCUGAAACUCCACCGCCAACCGAGCCACCAGCAGCAGACACCGUGGGUAGGAUUCCCACCAACAACUACAGCCCCAAAUGCAAACAAUCCUGUGCUUCUGCCGCCACCAAAGAUGAUAGCAGUUUGCUGCCAAAAAAGCUCACCGACGCAAAGACCAUGCAGGAACGAUUUCGGGAAUAUCGCAACCAAUGGAUCGACCGUCUCAAGGUCGACUAUGGAGAAGAAUACUACAACGACCUUUUCGAACCCAUCAUUAACGGAACACGACAAAAUGUGGGACAGCAAUUGGCAUUUACGGAUAUGAAUCGACUGCCACGAGGAGAUAUUGACUACUACAAGAACGAAACUCGUACCAAACCAGGACCGGCAUGGGGUCGUAUGAUUCGAAAAUGGACACUCAAGUUGUUGCAGGUACAGUUGGGCAUGCUGCUGGCAGAAGGACAACAAGAAGAAGAACAGCACGGCAAUAAUUAUUAUUGCUUGGAGGAAUGCAGCAGCAAUCGAAACAUGUCGACACCCGAUCUGUACGCCAAGUUCAUUUGGGCCAAUGGAGGGCACAGUGCUUCGGCAGGACAUGGAAACUUUCACAGAGAGAGCUAUACGGCCAACUUGGGACGUGACUUGCAACCCAUUCUCAAGGAAAUUGGAUUGGACUUUCAAGUUCGAAAUUAUGCCAUGGGAGGAACCGAAUCUGGAGAGGAGGUAGCGCUCUGUUUCACUUCCAUAUUCGGAAAAGACAUUGAUUCCUUCACAUGGGACUAUGGCAUGACGGAUGGGAACGAGUUUCAUAAGAUCAUCAUGUACAUUUAUGGUGCUGCAAGAUUGGCUCUCUUGGAUGACGAUCUUUCACACCCGGGUAAUCUACGACAUCGGCCAUCUCUGAUGGUGCUUCAUACCGGGGAUGGUAUGCAUCCCAUUUUGGAACAGUUUCAAAACUUGGGACUGACCUUACUCAAAAUGGAUAUGCGCUAUCAAAAGGACAAGAUAAUGCCUGUACUUCCAGACAUGUUUGGCAAGACCGAUGCAGAAAUUGCGGCGUUGCCGCCGUUUAUCCGAUACUUUAAGUGCCAAGAACGAGUGGAAGCCGGGGAUCCGGGAUGCGAUGACAACAAGUUCAAUAUGACACUGUGUCCUGAAAGGACGGGUCGAAACACUUGGCAUCCUGGUUGGCGAUAUCAUGCUUUGAUGGGGCACAUUAUGGCCUCCACACUCUUGAAUGUGAUUGAUGAUAGUCUCCAAGGGAUGGUUGCAAUGGAACCGACAACGAAGACUGAAAGUUCGAAGGAAAAGUAUGAUCGCAUCGUUGCAGCGAUCGACAAGCUCGAUAAGGAAGAAGCGCAAGACUACGAGAACAUUUUUGCUGCCCCGGUUCCCGAGGACUUUAAAAGACCUUUCGACGAGGCUUUGUGGAAAGGGAACCGCAAAGAGGCCAACAAGGAGGCAAUGAAAGACAUUUUCGAUAUUGAUUACCUGGUCAAGAAUUUCUCGUUUUGCCAUACAGGAUUGUUGCCAGCCGAAAUCCGCUAUAGGGGUAUCUUGACUGAGAAUUUUGACCAGGUUGGGACUAUCAUGGACUACAACUAUGAAAUGGGUAUCAUGCAAAGCAAGGUUGCCGCCAUGGAGCACCCGCCAGAUGAUUCUGAUGUCAAUGCUACAGCUUUUAUCGAUCCGCACCCAGGCCGCGACGAUCAAAUGUUGCUUCUAUCGAUCGACAAAGAAUACGAGUUCUGGUGCGAAGAAGAGACCAUGAAGGACCACAAGGACCACUUUUUCAUUUCCAGUGAACAAGGUUGGCGUAAACUCGUCAUUCCCAACAAUGCAGAAUCAGAGUACUACAAAGAGUUUGACGCAACCAAGAGCAAGGGCUGGUUCUUUGCAUGCAUGGCUUCCUGUGAUUGGGACAACUGCGAUAAUGGAGACAUUCGAAAUAGUAUUGUGAAUGAAACGAUGAAUGGCGGGGAGUUUGGACACAUGCAAAUGGAAUUGAAUGGUGUACCAGUGACGGGUUUGAAAUGCUUCAAUCGUUGCUGUGCACUCCAACACGACGACUCAGAUCCCGCGCAGAGCUUCCGAUGGACGCCCAAUGCAGAUGGCAAGUAUGAGUUCCGAAGCAUGAUAUCGGGCGCCACCAAGUAUGGCUUUGCUCGUUUCAGUUCCUUCGUCCUGUUAUAA